AUGUCGUUUAGUGUGAGAAAGGGGAGUAUCAGUUUUAAAAAUAGCAAAGGUUCUUCAGCUGGGUCAAAGAAAGGGGAGCUGGAGAAUUUACCUCCCAAUGCUGCCUUGAGAGGUGUUGAUCUAGGAAGGAAGCAGAGAACCGGAGGGAAAGCUAUAGGUCCUGGUGGGAAUGUCAGCUUGGAGGAGGGGAGUCAAGCAAAGGCCAAAGACCCUAGCUCACUUGCUUUGUUUAUUUUCAUUAGUUCUUGGAACUGUAGGGGAGUAGGGAAAAAAGAAUUCCCUGCUCUCAUUAAAGAUAUGAAGUAUAGGUUUAACCUUAGUGUUUCAGCUUUGUUGGAAACCAGAAUAAGUGGUAGCAGGGGUGACAGGAUUGUGAAUAAGCUUGGGUUUCCUAAGAAUUUUAGAAAAGAAGCCGUGGGGUUUGCUGGUGGUAUUUGGUUGUUAUGGGAUGACAAGAAGUCUAAAGUGGAUAUUAUUGCUGAAUAUAGUCAGUGUAUCCAUACUAGAGUGUUUCAUGUGGAGGAGGAGAAGAGUGAAUUGAUUACUUUUGUGUAUGGGAGUCCUCGAAGGGUUGAGAGGCAGGCCUUAUGGUUGGAAUUGGAUGUUGUUUCUCAGGAGGUGGAUGAGCCUUGU